UUCAAUCAUAUCAGCAGGGAUACUGUUAUCCAUGACCAUACCAGACCCCUUGCCAAAGAACUGUUCUCUCCUACCCUCAACCAGGCCAUAUUAGUGCUGGAUGGAACAUAUAUAUAUGUUAAAAAGAGUUCACAGUUUUCCUUUCAAAGGCGGUCAUACAGUUUUCAAAAACAAAGGCAUCUACUGAAACCAAUGAUGAUUGUCACAACCACAGGUUAUAUCGUAGCUGCCAUUGGACCGUAUUUAGCUGACGGAAAGAAUUCUGAUGCAAACAUUUUAAAACACAUCAUUGGUACAGACACUCAAGAAAUUAAGACUUGGCUCCAGGAGGAUGAUAUCAUGAUAGUGGAUAGGGGUUUUAGGGAUUCUGCAGGAGUGUUAGAAAAUCUGGGAAUUCAUAUGGAGAUGCCUUCUUUUUUACAAAAAGGCCAGAGGCAACACUCCAAAGAGGAUGCCAAUAGCUCUCGUAUGAUCACAAAGAUACGAUGGGUGGUAGAAUCGGUGAAUGCGAGAAUUAAGACAUGGCGGUACUUGGCAAGACAACUCCCUAAUUCCCAGAUCCCAUAUGUUGGUGACUAUGUGCGAAUUAUAAGUGCAAUCUGCAACAAAUACAGGCCCCCUCUAAGCAGUGGAGAUGAAGAGAAUGAUUUCCAGAUUGCAACAAAGAUGCGAUACCUCUCUACCCAGACAAAUCGGCUGCAGACAGAAGUAGAGUUAGAAAAUCUAGUGAAGAAGCGAUAUAAUUGGAGGAAGAUUGAUGAUGAGGAGAACACCAUUACUGACUUUCCAAAGUAUACAGAGGAAGAAAUUCGGGAAUUGACUCUUGGUGUGUAUCAAAUUAAAUUGGCAAAAUUUUACACCCAGGAACAUGUGAACCAGGAUGGAUUUGAGAUAUGGGUUGAUCAGUUCAAACCAGGCCUCCUUGCUGCCAAGAUCCAAAGUAGACAUAUCUCAAGCAAAUGCUAUCUGUGCUGGAUUAGGUUUGAGGAUGGUGUCGUGACCUCUUGGUAUUGCCGUUGUAAGUCGGGAGAGCGAGUAGUUGGAACCUGUGCACACAUUGCCAGUGUUAUUUGGUACUUGUCCUUUGCUAGAUACUCUGAUGUGAUCAACCUUGAAUUAGGCAAGAACUGGCUAGACAAUGUAUGUGAUGCAGCGGACAUUCCAGAGAUAGUUGACGAAAGCGACAGUGAAACUGAAGCCACUGAGGAAUAAAGACAAGAAAGCUUUAACUUAUUGAUUGUGUAUUUUCAAAUUAUGGUUAUUCAUUUAGAUUGACAGGUAAUUAUUGGAACUUUUUCUUGUGUCCCUAACCCUUAUCAAAAUGUAUAAAAAAAGUUAAUAAUUUCAUAUAUAGUUCUUUGAACAGUGUGAGUGUUAUGUCCAGUGUGGUUAUAGGCAUGUAAUCUCCUUUUUUCAGAUAUUUUUGUUUAUAAUGUUUUUAUAUAGUUUGCUAAAUAUGUAAUUAUUUUAAA